AUGCGAAAGCGCGCACAUGACGUCACAGGCCAACUCAUGUUAAGACCCAUUGUCAACAUCUCUGCGACUCCAGAAAACAAAAGUUUUCCCAUUAGUACCAACAUAACGCUGAAUUGUAAAGCGGAGCCAAGAACGAAAGAUGAAGAAUAUAUAGACAGAUGGGUCGAGUAUAUCAAGUGGUACGAUCCACGAGGUGGAGGCGGUAGAGUUACGUGUAAGCAGCCUUCAAAAGCCCCUGCCGGAUACACCUGCCCUCUGGUACUUAAAAAUCUGACGGUGGACGAAUCUGGCCGCUACAUUUGUCAAGCAGGCAAUGGAUACCAUCGCCAUUGCACAAGGAAAUCAUUUGAGUUAAGGAUCCUAGGUGCUACGCUAAAGUUAAUAGGAGUUCCUCGGGACCAAAGGGCUGAUAUAGGGGCCAAUGUAACUUUCACCUGCACUUCCAAAGGUUUUCCUAGACCAAACAUAUCAUGGAUCAAGAACAACGCUUCAUUUACCUUACAGUCCAACCCAAGGCUCAAGCUUAUUAACCAUCUUCUGGAUUACAAAAGCAUACAAAGCCAGCUGUUCAUGUCAGGAGUGAGCAAGGAAGAUUUUGGUGGAUAUCAAUGCGAGGCAAAAAACAUCGUUGGAAAAAAAUUGUCCUUCCCUGCUUUUCUUACCCUGAAAGAAUUUUCAGGUGCCCAAGUACCGGAGAUUGUUGAAGGUCCAAAGAACCAGAGUGUCUCGAUCAGUUCCAAUGUUAUUUUCAAUUGCACUGCUAAGGGUUUUCCGAGGCCAACCAUCAACUGGGUAAAGGACAACACUUCACAUUCCUUAAAAUCUAACCCCAGAGCAAGAGUCAUUCAAAAUAACCGAACGAUUCGCAGCCAGCUGUUAAUUACAGGGGUAGAUAUGGAAGAUUAUGGAGAAUACCACUGCAUUGCAAAUAAUAGCAUUGGAAGAAGCCAAUCAAGAGUGGCUGUAUUGAAGAGAGAUUCCAAAAAUGAAGAACAAAACUCAGCACCUCCUCUGACAGCAAUUGCUGUAUUCUGUGCUUUGGUAGCUGCACUUAUUUGUUUACUCACNGCACCUCUUUACGCCCCUUUCCAGUCUUGA